AUGUUCAAAAUAGAAUUUAUGUUUUUAAUUUUAUUUCUUGGGACUGGAACAUUGUAUUGUCAAGAAACAGAAGCAGGUGACGAAGAUCCUGAAGUUACCGUGGAAAUUGAGCCGGAGGACAAUGACAGAAAAGGAAAACUUUUGUGGUCAUACCACCCAUUAAUAGACAUAGUAAAGCAGACGAGUAAAUAUGGAAAUUUGAAAGGGACAGAAGACCUCUUCGAUUUUAUGAGGGAUUCUUAUGAGUUACCGGGCGGUCUCAAAUCUCCUCUGCCCGAAUAUGAUUUUAUCAUAGUCGGUGCGGGAUCAGCAGGCAGCGUUUUAGCUUCGCGACUGACCGAAAACAGAAAUAUCACUGUUUUGCUCAUAGAAGCAGGCAAGCCAGAAAUGUUACUCACAGACAUCCCUGCUAUGGCACCCUAUUUCCAAUCCACGGAUUACACUUGGCAGUACUAUAUGGAGCAUCAACCUGGAGUUUGUACUGGCAUGAUAAAUGAACGUUGCUUCUGGCCAAGGGGAAAAGCCGUGGGAGGCACCAGUGUCAUCAACUAUAUGAUUUACACUCGGGGAAGACCACAAGACUGGGAUAGGAUCGCUGCAGACGGCAAUUAUGGAUGGUCUUAUAAUGAUGUUCUCAAAUAUUACAAAAAAUCUGAGAGAGCUGAUCUGGAAGGUUUAGAGAACCAAUCCUAUAGAAAUAAAGAAGGAGAUAUGCCCGUGGAGUUUGUUCCAAAGAGGUCCUAUAAUGAAGUUCUUAAAUAUUACAAGAAAUCUGAGAGAGCUGAUCUAAACGGUUUAGAGAACCGAUCCUAUAGAAAUAAAAAAGGAGAUAUGCCCGUGGAGUUUGUUCCAAAGAGAACCAAACUUAUAAAGGCGUUUUUAAAAGCUGGAAGAAUAUUGGGAUAUCCAACAGUAGACUACAACUCGCCCAAUGAGCUCGGAUUUGGAUUUGUACAAUCAACUAUUCAAAAAGGCCAUCGUCAGAGUGCUGCCAAAGUAUUUUUAUAUCCCCAUAAAAGGAGGAGAAAUCUGCAUAUUAUGCCUUCAUCGAGAGCUACUAAAGUUCUCAUCGAUCCCCAAUCUAAAUCUGCCUAUGGGGUAGAAUUUGUUCAUAAAGGCGUUAAAUACACUUCCCGUGUACGCAAAGAGGUUAUACUAUCAGCAGGACCUAUCGCCUCACCGCAACUCUUGAUGUUAUCAGGUGUUGGGCCAAAAAAGCAUCUAAAUUCUUUGGGGAUUCCAGUAAUUAGUGAUCUCCCGGUAGGAAAAACUCUGUACGACCAUAUAGGUUUCCCAGCUACUAUUUUUACUUUGAACACAACCCGUGUGAGUUUAAACGAAGGUAGAGCUAUGAAUAUAAGUUAUCUUUUUGAUUGGUUACUGAAUGGCGACGGCGACCUAUCCUCUCCGGGUGGAGUGGAAGGAAUUGGAUAUAUCAAAACUACCGUUUCCAAUGAUCCAGAUCCAGUACCAGAUAUUGAAUUGAUUAGUAUUGGUGGCUCUAUAGUUGUUGACGGCGGACCCAGUGGCAGCCGAGCAGUGCGUAGAGGCGUGAAAAUUUCUGACUCGGUUUUCAAUCAAGCCUUUGGAGCGAUAGAUAAUACAGAAACAUGGAGCGCAGUCCCCAUGUUACUGCACCCAAAAUCCUUUGGUUAUAUAGAAUUGAGAGACACGAACCCUUUCAGUCAUCCCCGUAUGUAUGGAAAUUACCUAACUGAUCCGCACGAUGUGGCAACUAUCGUUGCAUCGAUUCGAUUUAUACAAAAGUUAACGGCAACAGAACCAUUUCAAAGGUUCGGUGCAAAGAUACACAGAGCCGAAUUCCCGAAAUGUCGUGACACUGUCUUUGAUUCUGAUGUUUAUUGGGAAUGUGCAGUGAGGACAUUAACUAUAACUCUACAUCACCAAGUAGCAACAUGUCGUAUGGGACCACCUGGAGAUCCACAGGCCGUAGUGGACCCGGAGCUUCGAGUCUAUGGUGUAAAUAAUCUGCGGGUAGUUGACUCGAGCGUAAUACCCAGAACAAUUUCUGCUCACACACACGCGCCAGCGGUUAUGAUAGGCGAAAAGGCUUCAGAUAUGAUUAAACACACAUGGAACAUAUCGUGAAGUAAGGACUGAAUGUAUACGCACUAAUUUAAAUAUGUAAUUAUAAUAAGUAGCUGCUCAAUUACCUUUAUUAUAGUAAGUUUUAAUACGAGAAUAUGACAGAAUACUUUUUUUCUUUAUUUCAACAUCCACAAAUAUAGCAAAUUACUUAACUAUUUCUAUCAUGACUACCCCAUUUUUUUACGACGAUAUAAACAAAUGAAGGCCAGAGGAAAAGAAGGAGCUCAUUAGCAUUGUUAAUGUUAUGAAUAAUCAAAUAUGUAACCGAAAUCACAGUUCGGUCCAUGCAGCUGAAACGUGCUUCUACCUUAACACUGCAAUUUAAGCCACAUCCAGAAUAGUCGAUGAACAUAAAAAUAUUUCUGUUCAAAAACAAACCAGUCGUAUGUAAUCCGUCAUAUAAAUAUUAUACAGAUUACUACAAAGCUUUCAAUUAACAAAUGGAGUGUUCCACUUUACUGUACGCUACUUAUUAACUUUAAUGAAAGCCAAGGCCAAUCGACUGGUCACUUGUGUCAAAACCAGCUCAUACUGCAAUAAUAAUGUAAUGCAAUAAUACCAUUAAUAAAAUACAAGUGACUGCACAAAUUGUUUUAAAAUAACUAAUGAGUUACGCAAUUUAUGAAUGAGAUAAGUACUCGUUGGGUACUCACACAUAACUGACAUACUUACCAUAAUAGCAAGUGAUUGAUAAACAGUGUCUCAAUGAGAAUAAAGUAAAAAGGCUGUUAUUUUUAAUUACAAGGGGUGGCAAACAACUGUUGGGCCUCGUCCUAAUUGGUAACGAUCGGACGAUGACAAGAUACGAUCUCAUCCUGCAAUGAAAAUAAUGUACCUGUGCUAGUGCGACGGCUUACGAGCUGUAUUCGAACAUUCUCAAUAAAUCUUUAUGUUUGAACUGAUGGCACGACGAGGUCGCAUCGGGUCAUCAUACAGUCAUUUGCCAAUUAGGACAACGCCUAAUUAAUUGCUGAUGUAUAUGCCCCGGUCUAAUGCUUAUCGACCACUCGCUAUUAUUUCCGCGUCGCAUGAAUCUGAAACUAGCAAACAUUGUAGCAGACACAUCCAGCGCGGGAGCGUCACAAACGGUAAAUGUAUUUCUGGCAACUGUUAUGGUUUGUCUUAUUUAUUUAAAAGUAAAAGAAAGUAAUCAAGUUGUUUUCCAGAGGAUAACUAACGCUAUUUUCAAGUAUCGGCAAGGUGAGCGAAAAAGAUGAUAGCAAUACAAUAUUUUUAAUGCGAUAGUUUGCAGUAAAUUGAGAUUCAAUGAUACUGAAUGAUGCAAGCUUUUCUAAUUUUGUGUUUUAAAAACAACAAAGCUGUCUCAAGAUGCAAAAACAUUAAAACACCACUGAGACUCGAUUAUUAUGUAAAAAUAGCUGAAUCGAUACCCAAAUUAUGAAUAAAAUUGGUUCAAUUGGUAAACGCUGUCAUUAAUCACAUUCUGUGACUCUGUGCAAAUUUGAUAUAACUAAUAGCCUUGGAUAAAACAAGUUUCAACGGUAUAGAUGCACUGGUUUAUUUAUUUAUUGACGUUUCGCAUCCUUUUCAGGAGUCAUCAGUGCAUCUAUACCGUUGAAACUUGUUUUAUUUAAUGAGUGGUGUGCGCGAAAACCUAAGAAACAAAUAUAUAUUUGUUUCUUAGGUUUAAGUCUUGAGUUUUCUUUUCUGGAUCGAAAUUAACAGACUAGCUGGCGCCCGCGACUUCUUUUGCGUAGAUUAAUCAAUUGGUUUUCUGUCCAUAUUUUCGUGCCCUUUUGCAAAUUUAGACGACGAAAUUUAGCUUUUGUCCCAAAUUUGCAAAUGAGUUUUGUUAUUUAUGUGUAAAAAAUGGCAUUUAAAAUAGUACUAGUGACCUGCCCUCACAGUCAAAAAAACAGCUGACCCAUUCUAGCCUUAUUAAAUGUUCUCUAGUUGACUGGGAGAGAAUGCCUAUAGGCAUUAAGUCCGUCUUUUGUACAUUUGUGCAAUUAAGUUGAAAUAAAUAAAUAAAUGGAAUAAAUACUAGAAUUGGUCCAAACUACAAACAAAUCAAAAUACUUAAUCAGUUUAUUAGCUCUAUGCUGCAUUGAAAUAUUGACAGAAUCAUACUCUGAGAAUACACAAAAUAGCAACUGUUAAAACAACAUAACAGGAAGUGAGACAAUUGCCAAGAUCUAAUUUCAAAAGUAAAACUCUGAUAUGCUUGUUUAUCAAUGCAAAAAACAUAAUUUUGACAUAUUCAAGUAUUCUUUUAACAUUUAUAUCUGUGAUAGAUAAACAAGAAAGAUAAGAUAUUAAAUAAACACACUUUAUCAAAUGUUAGAAAGCACUUUUAUAUGAAUUACACUAAAAUAACUAACAUAAUAGGUAAUAACUCAUAGAAUGACAGGAAUUAAUUAUAGAUAACAAUGUUACAUGCUUUCAAGACACAAAUAUUUUCAUAUUUAAUAAUUAAACGUCAGUAAAGCUACCAAAAAAAAAAUCAAACGAAAAGGUACAUCAUUAUAACUAUUAGGACAUAAAAGCAUUUUUGCAGAUCAGAAUUUUUAACAAACUUCAAGAAAAGAUAGGUCAAGCCUAUGAAUUGGUCAGAUGAUUAUUUCUAGUAAAAAAAUUCUUUAGAUAAAAAGCCAAGCAGUUUAAAGCAUAUAAAAAAUAUUUGAAUAAUAAUUUAAGUGAGCUAUUAUGGUAAAAACAGAUGUAUGUAUUUUAUGUACUAUAGCAGCUUAAAACUUAGAAUUCAGUGUAGGUUGAAUUAAUAUCAGAUUUGGAUUUUUAGACUAAGGCAAAAGAAAACACAUAUAAACCCAUGCUUCCAUUACAGCACUCAUAUACUUAAAGGAAACUUGGUUUAUAUUUGGGUAUUCAAGAACUAAUAAAAACUGUGUCAAUUCACCCCACAGACCAACUUACAGCCUCAUAUCAUGUGCUAAAUCAGUACAGUGAAUUGCCUGGCAGGACAGUUUGACAAAAAAUAAAAACGGGCCUGCAUUAUUCCACUAAAAUCAGAAGCCAUAAUCUCAAAACUUUACAACCCAUUUGUAUAUCUUUCUAUUUCAUCUCCAAAACAUUUCCUAAAUUUUUUACCCAAUAACACUGUUUUAGAGUAAAAAAGUAAGGAUUUUUGGAGUUAAGGGAAUAAUUGUCACAAUUAUGUACAACAAAGUUGUUGGCUCAACCUUGCCAAACAUUGCAUUUUUAAUGUACU